GGAGGAGACCAUUUGGAAAAAGAGGUGGAUGAGAAAGAGAGAUCCAGAGAGAGAAAGCAAGAGCUGAUGAAGAGAUGGGUGUAAUGGAGAGAAUGUGGGAGAGGGGAGUGACUGAGAUGCCCUGUCUCCCUGUCACUGGCCUCACCAUGCCCAUCACUUUGCAGUGAUCCUUCUCCCAAUCCGUCGUCUGCCGCUUGCCAGCUGACAGGGGGCCUACUCUGGGCACGGCCACUGAUGAGAAGCAGCAGCCAUGCUUUAAAAUCAAUCCACCACCCUAAUAUGUCACGAAUGACUGCACAGGACUUGCCAAUAGCUUUAGGGGUGGAAGAGAUGACUUGUGACUGUACUGUAUCGGCUAGCUAAAUGGCUCCUUCUCGGAAGGGCAUUCAUUGACACAGCACUAAUUAACCCUGGCUACUAGCAACGAACAUCUUCUCUCGCUUGCUCUCUCAAACUCAUUAUGGUUGCAUACUUUUUUUUACACCUAAUUAAGAGUGAAUGCAUACGUACUUAAUGAAAUUCAGAGUGAGCUGGUAGUCUGUUUGCUGUUUUGAAAUGACAAGCGGUUCGGAGUCGAGCAAGUGUUUUGGUUUACAGAGCAACUUAAGAGCUGUACUUUUACCCAGAAAAGUGUUUGAUAUCUUUUUGUUACCAUUUCAUAUUCUAAAAUCCUGGUUGAUAAAAAGUGAAGUGCUGUUUUGUCCAUUGAUGGUGCGUGUUUGACCCUGGUGUUUCCCCUCCCAGUUGUCAGGGUUUUCCCGUUGGAUCAAACAGUCAUGUUGAAUUGUGACUUGAUUCAUCUUUGCUACUUCUUACUCUAAAUGUCACAUAUGUCAUAACCUUUUAACAUCACAAUGAUUCAUAGAUGCGGGACAGAGCAGCAAACUGUAGCGCUAUUACUCAGUGUUACAUAAGAUAGAACACAAAGCUAUCAGAGCACAGCAUUUCACAGCCAAAGACAUGUGGAAAGCAUGAGGCCAGAAUUGGAAGAAUCCAUAACUGAAGUGCAUCCAAUAAUUCAAGUCUGUCAUGAAGCCGUGCAUUUUAUUCAAUUGGCCUGUAUAUCACACAUGGGCAUCUGAUGAUGUGAAGAUACUGUGUGUUUACACUUCACAGAUGUUGUACUUUGUAUACAAUAUCUAUAUAAAAGUUAUAUUCUCCUUACAAAACGUAGUAAUUUUUAUUCAUGGAAUUUCGAUUUCAGAAUUCAGUAUGUGUUCAGGAAGCAUGUCUGAUACCUACCUUGCUGCCCAAAUACAACGCAAAGCCCUGUCUUAAUCGCAAUAUCUUCCUCCAUUGUUUGUUUGAAGUAUUAGGGGGUUGUUGCCAUGAGGAAUUGAUUGAUUAAUACUUUUAUCCAAUUAGUGUUCCCUCAUGCAAUUAAUCAGCUGGCCGGGGUUAGGCCCACUUGGUUGGCCAGACUGAGGCAGACAGAUGCUAGGGGCCUGACUCGUGAUGAAGAACCAUCCCCCCUUUUCUCUCUUGCCUCUAUUCUUCUCCAUCCUCCCCUCCACACACCUGGCGCGCGCUCCCCUCAUACAGUACUGUGCCAUCGCUCUUGUGCUUAGAGCACAUUGUUUGGGUGCUUGCCGAACACAACAAAUGGCAGGCUGAAAACACAUUUUCAUUAUUGUGGCUCGAGUUGUGAAGAGCUAGAUGAAAGUUGGCAUGAAAAGACAUGCAUGUUUUGGAGAGAUAAUGAACGAUAAAUGAGUUGAGCUUUAGGCAUGUUUUGUGUUUGCAGUAUGCAUUUAAAGCAUUUAUACAAUUUCAUAUAUGAUGGAAAACACUGCAGUGUAAAGCCCAGCCAGUGAUAAAUGCCUUUUGUUCUACAGGAAAACAUGAUGGUAACCUAUACUUUUCCUUCUUGUCUUUUUCAGGUUUUGCCAUUACCUUCAGCACUUUAUUUGGGGGACCCUCUCUAUGCCUGAAUCAUCCAGAAGAAUUCUGGAAUGGAAUAAGAUCUAAGCCAAUGGAGUCCCAUGAAGGAUACUGUUCCCUAAUACUGCAAUGGCGUCAAAAGAGACGGUCGCUGGACCAUACACAACCCUAGGGUCCUGGACCUAGAGAGACGCUUGUAAUCUGUGGAUCUGAGGACUCGAGUGUUCGAAUGACCUGCAUUUCUUUGAAAUCCAUUUUAAUUUGAAAAUACAAAAUAAAGAUAUUUUGAAAGAUAAUAACUAUGAAUUUUAGUGUCAAUCAGCUCCAAUAGUUUGGAGUUAGUAGUGAGAUACCCAAGGUUUUUAGUAAGAUUUUAACCUUGUUUUACCAGUUGCAUCCCGAAUUGACCUUGAUAAUGAUACCAAGGCCAUUUCAAUGGUUAUUGGUCCCACGAUCUUCUACUCAAAGGAGUUUGUCCAUUGCAGGAUUUCCCAAAUGAUUGAAUAAUUUAAAAAAAAUACCAUGUAUGGAUUGAAAUUGUCAAUUUGAAUUCUCAGGGAGUUUUGUAUCAAUAUCAGGCCCACUCCCUUCAACGCCAUACUUGUUUUAGAGAUUGUGGAGCUGCCGUCAACGACGUGAAACUGUGCUACCCAUAAAGCAUAUGGGAAAGCUAAGUCUUGGAAAUCUUGACUGGAGUUUUCCCUUGUACAGUAACAAAAGACAUCUCUGUUACCAGAAUAUAUUUGAUACCAGUGUAGACAGACAGUGGAGAUAAGUCUGGAAAAACUCAAUGGCGAAGAUCACACGGGAAAGAUAAGUCUGUUUUCAAAAUGAUUUGUCAAGUUUCUUCUGCAAAGAGAAAAAACAUUCUGCAGUCUUUCUAAAUUCACCGAAUCAUGGCGUGUCAUGACAUGCCCUGCAUCCUGAGACGGAACUAUUUAAGACAAUUGAAUACUCAAGAAUCUUGUGAAUGAAUCCAAGAGUCCUAGAACAGAAAUCUUGGUUGUCCUUGGUGUGUUUGUUCUUCAACAUUGCUGGCUUUAGGACUCUUUUCACCUCUCCGGUAAUCUCCGUCAUAUGUAGAGCCAAUCAGGAUUUUCCAAAAUGGCUACCUGUUGGAGACUGGGAGCUUGUAGCCUGUUGGUGGCCCUUUGGCUUUUGCAUUGCUGUAGUUGUGGAUGGUCAGAGACCACAAGGACUAAUGGCGUGGCCAAGGAUGAAACGAAGGAGCAGGAGCUCAUGUCCCAUGAACGAGUGAAGAGAGGAUGGGUGUGGAACCAGUUUUUUGUGGUGGAGGAGUACACAGGCACGGAACCACUCUACGUUGGAAAGAUACAAGAUGUGUUAGACUCAGUUAAACCCACACUCUGUGAGAUGUGCAUGCCACCAAUCAGUGGGCCACCAACAAAAAACAUCCACACAGAUUCGGACGAGGGCGAGGGGAACAUCAAGUACACCAUCUCCGGGGAAGGGGCGGGCACGAUCUUCAUCAUCGAUGAGUUGACGGGCGACAUCCACGCCACCGAGCGAUUAGACCGCGAGGAGCAGAGUUACUACACCCUCAGAGCUCAGGCCCGGGACCGGCUCACCAACCACCUGCUGGAAUCCGAGUCAGAGUUUGUCAUCAAAGUCCAGGAUAUCAACGACAGUGAACCCAAGUUCCUGGAAGGGCCCUAUAUCGGGAGUGUGGGAGAGCUUUCACAAAUAGGAACAUCGGUGAUGAAGGUCACUGCGUCGGAUGCAGAUGAUCCUACAUACGGGAGCAGUGCCAGGGUUGUGUACAGCGUGCUGGACGGAGAGAGGUUCUUCACAGUGGACAGACAGACAGGACUGAUUCGGACGGCCGUGGCAGAUCUGGACCGGGAGAAGCAGGAUCGCUACGAGCUGGUCGUCAAGGCAACCGACAUGGCAGGCCAAAUGGGCGGUCUCUCCGGCUCCACCACAGUGACCAUAGUUAUCACAGAUGUUAAUGACAACCCACCACGCUUUCCGCAGAAGAUGUACCAGUUUUCAAUGUCUGAGGGGGCAGCCGUGGGGACGCCGGUGGGGAGGGUGAUCGCCACGGACGCGGACAUGGGGGAGAACACAGACAUGAGCUACCUGAUCAAAGAUGAGGAGGGCGGGGAACUCUUCAAAGUCACCACCGACAGUGACACGCAAGAGGCCAUCAUCACCAUCAAAAAGGCAUUGGACUUUGAGAGCAAGCGCACACACAACGUGGUGGUGGAGGCUGUCAACAAGCACGUAGACCCCCGCUUUUCGGAGCUGGGUUCUUUUCGGGACCAGACCAUCGUGCGGGUCAGUGUAAACGACAUUGAUGAGCCGCCUGUCUUCCACCCUGCUGAGGGAACCAUCUUGGAGGUCCAGGAGGAUGCUAGGCUAGGGGCGCUGGUGGGCACUGUGACUGCCAAGGACCCGGACAUGGAGAACGCGCCUGUCAGGUACUCUAUUGACCAGAGUACGGACCAGGAGCAGAUCUUCCACAUUGAUCCAGUUUCGGGUGCCAUCACGCUGGGCAAUAUUCUGGACCGAGAGACGGCUGGCUGGCACAACAUUACUGUGAUGGCAGUGGAAGCAGAUAAUGUAUCCCAGAUAUCCCAUUCGUCAGUGAGCAUUCGUAUCCUGGAUGUGAAUGACAACCCUCCUGAACUGGCCACGCCCUAUGAGGCAUCUAUCUGUGAGGAUGCCAAGCCGGGUCAGCUCAUUCACUCUAUCAGCGUGGUGGAUAGGGACGAGCCGCAGUUGGGCCACCGCUACUACUUCACCCUGGCACCGGAGGCCACCAACAACCGCCACUUCACCCUGUGGGAUGUCAAAGACAAUACUGCGGGAAUCCGGACACAGCGUUCAGGCUUCAACCGCCACGAGCAGAACGUCUACCUCCUGCCUAUCCUGGUAGUGGAUAGCGGGCCUCCCGCCCUGAGCUCCACGGGCACCUUGACCAUCCACGUGUGUGGCUGUGACCCGGAGGGCACCAUCCAGUCCUGCAAUGCCACCGCCUACGCCAUUAGCACUUCACUCAGUCCCGGGGCCCUCAUAGCCCUACUGGUUUGCAUGCUCAUACUCAUUGUCCUGGUGCUGCUAAUCCUAACCCUGAAGCGUCACCGCAAGGGCCAGAGCAUGUCGGAGGAUGAGGAGGACAUGCGCGACAAUGUCAUCAAGUACAACGACGAGGGUGGCGGCGAGCAGGACACGCAGGCCUACGACAUGAGUACCCUGCGCAACCUCUUUGACUUUCCAGAGACCAAGGGUAGCUUGUCCGAGUCAGGCCCUGAGCUACGCACGCUGCCCCAGUGGAUUCAGGGGCGGAUGAGUGGUGACGGCGAGGCGGCCGACUUCUCCCUCUUCAAGGGCUACAUCCGCAAGAAGGUGGAGCAGACAGAUGGCGACCUGUCGGUGCCGCCCUACGACUCAUUCCAGACGUACGCCUUUGAGGGAAACAGCUCGCCAGCCCUCUCUCUCAGCUCCAUCCACACCCUGUCCACCACAUCUGAUCAGGAUUUCUCCUACCUCAGCGACUGGGGGCCGCGCUUCAGGCAACUGGCGGGAUACUAUGCCCCGGGACAUCCUGAGGAAGACGGCUCCUAGCGGUGUCCUCGGCCCAGACCCUUUCUCCUUUUCCAUCCCCAGCACUGUAUCAAGAGCCCAGUGUCAAAACUGUCCUAAAAAGCACUCCUCCAACUCCUUCAGAGCAACAGAACUGAAUCCCAGUCAGUGUGAGUCGGAAAGCAAUUUGGUCAACAACAAAAAAUCUUAUUUCGAAACUUCAAGUUUGACUUUUUUUCAAAGAGAAACAUUGAGUUUUCACAUGGUUUGAAAAGUCAUGGUGAAAGGUGGGCUGAUUAAAUGAGGGAUUAAAGGAGGUGUUAUCCAUUCACUAUUCCCUUUACAGUAAAGAACAAAUGAGUAAGACGUAAUACAAUAUAAGUGGUGCACCACAGGUUACAAUACAAUUACAUUUUACAUUUGUUUCUGGGUAUUUUCUGUCUGGAGUCAAAGACUGGUCCAUUUUUGGCUUUGUGAGUGUGGAGGCUCUGAGGACAUUCAGAGAAAUGAACGUUAUGAAACUCAGCAGGGGGUUAAUAUGUAUGUGUGAUAAAUAUGUAUUUAUUUAUGAACAAAUAUUAAUGUAUUUAUUCCUUUUGUAUUUAUGUAUUUAUUUUGUCCAUAAUCACCGCACCACUUGUAACAAUGGACAUCAAUGAAGAAUGAUACAGAAAUAUUUAUUAUGGUGAAAAAAACCUGAGGAGAGAAGAGCUUCUGUAUAAGCACGUAGCAGAGGACUUCACAAAGGUGAUAUUUGGGUCACAAACAACUGCAGUCUUGGAAAUAUUUGUAUUUAUUUUUCAGGAACACUUUUGUAAAAUAGACAACACGACUGGAAGACGGAGCGCGACUAAAAAGAAAAGGGUCAGAGAACAAAGGAUGAGUCGAUUCAGUGCAAAGAUUGGUUUUGGUUUGAUAUGCUUUCAAUGUAUUGUAAAGAUUUCUAAGGUGUGAUGAAGGAUGCGGGACAUUAGGUGUUAACUGGGUUUUUGCUUUUUCACCGCCAUUAAAAAGGCAAUAAGGCACAAUCCGCACAAGUGAUUCAAGACUAUACUGUAUGAAAUGACUGUGUUUUUUUCAUGGAGUUGGGUAUUUGUUCAUUCCAGAAUUUGUAUGUGUGUGUCCAACUUGUUUCCUAUUCCAGAAGAUUUGAUUACUUUUAUUUCACAGGGUGGAUGAAUAUGUGGGGUGACAGGUACAGAAAUAAGGGAUGAGUAGAUGGAAUUCCUCCACCCAGUAUCCAAAACCUAUUUAAUGUUGAUCUUAAACUUGCAAAUGUAUGGAAAAGAAAAUCAAUAAAAAAUGUAAUGAUU